AUGGUACGAGCAGCCUUGGUGACAGCCACCAGUCUGGCUCUGACAGGGGCUGUGGUGGCUCAUGCCUAUCUCCUCAAGCACCAGUUUUAUCCUACCGUGGUCUACCUUACCAAGAGCAGCCCCAGCAUGGCGGUAAGUGUAGUUCCACAAGAAGCCCACUGUUAGCUGGGUUUACCUCAGAAAUCUGCUCAUAUUUUAUAUCAUUGCAUUUUAAAGACAUAUCAGUGACAUGCAUAAUCAGCAAUUGUUCCUUCUGUGUUUGGGGUGACAGGUGUUGUACAUUCAGGCCUUUGUUUUGGUGUUUCUGUUGGGAAAGUUCAUGAGAAAGGUCUUUUUUGGACAACUGAGGGCUGCAGAAAUGGAGGUAAAACUUUGUUUAUAAUUAUGUUAAUCAUAUUAUUUAUUUGGCUUAACAUUCAGUGUAGGCCAGUGGUUCUCAAGUCCAGUCCUCGAGGCCCACUGUCUUGCGUGUCCUGCAUGUUUCCCUGCUCCAGCACACCUGAUUCAAAUGAUCAGCUCGUUAUCAAGCUCUGUAAUGGCCGAUCAUUAACGAGCUAAUCAUUUGAAUCAGGUGUGUUGGAGCAGGGAAACAUCCAAAACGUUUAUUUAAUUUAUCUUAUUUAACAUUUAUUUAUUUAUGUACUUUUGCUUCCUGCCUUCUCCCCACCAGCAUCUCAUCGAGCGCUCCUGGUAUGCAGUGACUGAGACAUGCCUAGCGUUCACUGUAUUCAGGGAUGACUUCUCUCCUCGCUUCGUUGCCCUCUUCACCCUCCUCCUUUUUCUGAAGUGUUUUCACUGGCUGGCUGAAGACAGAGUAGACUUUGUGAGUAAUGAACGCUCUAUAGUAUUUGAAGUUGGUGCAUAUUUAGUAACACUUUGGAACUAUGAACCUUAGUUUUGUCUUUUAAGUUUCAUCACAUAUCUGUGGAGAGGUAAAUGUUUGUUAGUGAUAAAGAAAUGUAGGUGAAGGUAGCUGUUACUAAGCAGACACAGCUGCGCCUUUCACAUUGAAAUUACCAGUUUUGGUAAUAGUGUUGACAAUCCUUUGUACAUUUAUCACUGAAAGUCACUGUUCAUUGGCCAGUGAUUUGAUAGACACAUGUUUACAUAACUAUUUAAUGUAUUUGUGUUUGUAAUCCUCUCACUGCCAGAUGGAACGCAGUCCAAAUAUAUCCUGGGUGUUUCACCUGCGAGUAUUAUGUAAGUGCAAAUGAUCUGCCGCAUAGAAAUUCUUGUCCUGUUGGUUUUCUUUGUCAUGUUUCUUCACCACUUUCUUUUGCUUGUGCUUUUGGAACAAAUUUUACAUCUUACUGAAGCUUUCUCUAAAUCAUUUUGUUUGCACGAGUCCAGAGGCACCACAGUUCAGUGGAGCCUCAUGACAGACUAACAAAGUGGUUGACUUAAACACAAUUUAACACCAUAUUCUUUACAGUUGGAUGUCCACAAUAAUCGAACAUAUUUCUUUGAACGCUGCCUAUACAAACCUCCCAGUGAAGAGUUAUUUAGUGCUGUUUUGUGUGUUUCUGUAGCUCUCAUGGGUUUGCUGGGGGUCCUGGAUUUCCUGUUUGUCAACCAUGCCUGUCAGAGCAUCAUCACUCGCGGAGCCUCGGUCCAACUCGUUUUUGGAUUUGAGGUUUGUCACACUGAGUUUUCACUCUCUUUAUUCAACUUUAAAAGGCUUAUGUGACUCAUCUGUGAUAUCUCAUAAAAAGCUUCAUAUGUAAGUGAAUGAACACGAGUCAGAUUCAUAAGUAUGGCCGAGAUAUUACAUUUUUAUCCAUAAGACUGUCAUUGUAGCAGCCAAACUAUAAAUGACUCAAUACCCUGAUCUCAAGAUGCAGUUUUUUUGAGUGACACAAAGAGAUAUUUGAUCUAGAGGUGGUGUCACACAUGACCAGUGGUCUGAUUUACAGCUGUCUGUGCAAAGAUAAGAUGAGUUUCAAACAAGCCCAAGUGUUAAAUACUCAAUGACAGAAAUGUUAUUUUCAAUGUACUGAGUGGUAGGAAUGGACACAUAUCACUGCAGGGAGUAUAAUGUGAGUAUUCUGCUUAUUUGGCUCAAACAGCACCAUAAAGACAGAGGUGUCUUCUAGAGCUUUGUGUUUUUCGUCUGUACAUCCAUGUAUUUUGCCCCUGUGCAUGAAUCGUCUUUUUGUCCUGCUACAUCUUCUUUCUUUUUUUUUUCUUUUUUUUUUUUUUUGAUAUUGUAUGCCCCAUGAUCACAAAGUCACACUCCGGGGUCAACAGUAUGCUGUAAAACAGACUCACUCCAUUUAACAUCAAUGAGUCCUGGACCAGUGUUUCACUAACAGCUGCCUGUGACAGAAGAGUUCAAAUAUUCAUAUUCCGUGUUUUAUUGUUGAGUUUAAGACAUAAGUAUCAAUUGCUCUAAAGACAUCCGAACUGAAGUUUAGAAAAGUACUUUUUCAUUGAUUACUGUGUUUUAUUUAAGGGUAACAGAACAACUAAUAGCACUACCUCAACCGUGACAGCAACAUUUCCAUCUUUGUGAAGUGACAUUUUGUACUCUAAAAUGUUUUAAUGAGCGAAGGGCUUUAUUUGGAAAAUCCAGAAUCUUGCUACAUCAUUUCAGAGGACAGAAUGAGAUUACUAAUAUACAUUCUGUUGUUGAUCAGUGUUGUUUUUAAAUGAUAUUACAUGUCUCUAUUUCCAGUAUGCCAUCCUGCUAACAAUGGUGCUGACAACCUUCAUCAAGUAUGUGCUCCACACUGUUGAUCUGCAGAGUGAGAAUCCUUGGGAUAACAAGGCUGUCUACAUGCUCUACACAGAGCUCUUUACAGGUAUGAAGCCCGGCUGUUUCCCAUAAUGCUUUUGCCUCAAUUUUGCACACAGCAUCAUAACUUACUGUUUUUAUCCAGGAUUCAUCAAAGUUCUCCUGUACAUUGCCUUCAUGACCAUUAUGAUAAAGGUCCACACCUUCCCCCUGUUUGCAAUCCGCCCAAUGUAUCUGGCUAUGAGGUGAGUAACAGUCUGUGUUGGUGGUUACUGUAAGGUUGAUUUUAUUUGUCCUUCCUUUUUUAACAAGUCAGAGGUGACACACAGGACUGGACAAUUUCAGAAAUAUAUUGGGCCAUUUAGUUAUUUCCAGUGUUGGUGAUGAUAUUUCUAAGUUCAAGCCACCUUUCCAAAUAGACCAAAUGAAAUUCUAAGUCACUGGAUUUUUUACAAGGUUUAUACAAAGGCAUUUUCUGAGUCUGGUGUUGUUUCAUUCUUCUCAGGCAGUUUAAGAAAGCUGUCACUGAUGCUAUAAUGUCUCGAAGAGCCAUUCGCAACAUGAAUACGCUGUAAGUAAUGUCAAACUGUCACCAAAUGCUUUCCUUUUUUUAACAAAUCACUUUUUCCCGGAGGGUGAAUUAACACGAUUCGAUGAUCAGUUUCUAGGCUAUAGCCUUUAUACAAAUGGUUAUCCUUCCUUUGUUAAGUGUGAGGGUUACACAGCUGAACAGAAUUACAAUUUAAAUAUUAUUAGUACAAACCUAAAGAAAACCAAAGCCAGAAAAUUUGUGCCAAAACAGUUUUUCAUUUCACUUCUCCAUUUUACUCACAUCCAGGUACCCUGAUGCCACUCCUGAAGACCUGCAGGCCUCUGACAAUGUCUGUAUCAUCUGUAGAGAGGAAAUGGUCACCGGUGCAAAGAAAUUACCCUGUAAUCACAUUUUUCACUCCAGGUAAGUCCCACAUUGAUCUGCUGAAAAAUAGUGUUGAUGGCAGACAUUGACUCCUCCAUCGAACCUCUUGUGUUGAAAACAAGUCAGCCCAGGAGAUGACCGACACGUUUGUUUAGCUGAAUAGUUUUUUUAGUACUCUCGGAUGGUUUUAAUGUUGUUUUGCUCCUUCUUUCCCACAGCUGCUUGCGCUCCUGGUUCCAAAGGCAGCAGACCUGCCCUACCUGUCGCAUGGAUGUCCUCCGUGCGUCGAAUAAUCAGACUCCAACCCCGGCCCAGGCCCCACCCCCUGCUCCUGCAGCCCCUGCCAAUGUCCCUGCAGCCCCACCUGCUAAUGGUGAGAGUGAGAACAAUCACAUGUUGCCCUACUCUUUUUCAUGCUGUAACAUCAGCUCUGCUAUUGGCCACAAACAACCUCCAUACAAGAGUACCUCAGAGUGGGAAAAAUGCCUUUCAGGCAACUUGUUCAAUACUGCAUGUAGAAACAAGUAUAAGCAAGUCGUAUAAGCACUGGGUCCAUUUGCAUAUGUGGCAGGUGUUUCGUUUUCUUACCUCUGCUGUCCAAACUCUCAUGUGUUCCAUCUCCAGUGGCCCAAGGCAUGUUGCCUGGUUUUCCACCCGGUAUGCUCCCCUUUUGGGGUCCCUUCCCAGUGCCUCCACCCACUGGAGAUGCUGCAGCUCCUGGGCCCGGUGAUCCUUCACAAGUCAAUGCCGAACCUACUCAGGCAGGUGGUAAGGAAAACACAUGCAACUUAACAUUCAUCUUAAUUAAGUGAAAAUGCUUAUUCAAGUUUUUUUUUUUUAAUUUAAAAUACAAACAAACUCUGAUUCCAGUGAAGUUUGGAGGUUUGUGUAAAACAUGAAUAAAAACUAGAUUAGAUUAUUUUUCUGUAAAUAUUCACUCAUUUUGAAUUUGAUGCUGUAACACCCUCCGAAAACUCUCGUUCAGAGAACCCGUCUUCCUCUCUUCUGUAACACCCAGUUAUGUCUUGAGUAAUGUUGGUGCUAACUGGUCAUGCAUAAACCUAAAUCAGAAGUGAAACCAUCUGCACCUGGGGAUUUCUUGCUUGAGGUUUCCAGUUGCUAUGUACAUUUCCUCUAAUUCAGUUUCAGCUAAGUUGAUCAUUUUAUUCAUUUGUGAUGGUGGGUUAACUCAGUGAAGGUAAAAAUGACAAAGUCUGGAGGUCAUCUUCUCUUUCUGGUUGGGAGUACAGUGACUCGUAUUACUUUGCAAUAGUUUUCUGAUUUUUUUUCUCAGACUUUUCUCUCAAGUCUUAUUUUGUGUAUCGAAUAGUUUUUCUAUUCUGUAAGAUAAGAGUUUAGGAGGUUUUAGGAUCUCUGUUUUGUUGUGCACCCUAAUGAACUCCCUUCAUAUGUAAUCUAAUUUCUUCAUGCACAGAGUGUACUUCAUCUCUCUGUAGCUCCUUUCAUCUAUCCUCCAGAUUUUGAGGGCUUUGUUUUAGUAUUCAGUCAUAGCUAUUAUAUUUCCCUUAUUACUGCCUUAAGUGCAUCCCAAACACAAAUGGAGAUACCUCAGCAUUUUCAUCCAGGUCCAGAUCAGUUUUGAUUUCAUUGUUUGACUUUUCUGGAAAUUAUUUACAGUAUUCAAUGCAGUAUUUAGUUGGCAGAGUGUGGAUGCUAAUUUUUUGUUAUGACACAGUGACCUUCUUUAUCCCAGAACUCAUACAUGUGCUUACAUUUUACAGCUUUGGAGAGCAAAAUAGCCUCUCCUCUACAUUAUCCUCAUUUGUAGAUGAAUAUAUGUGCUAAAAGCCUGUUGUUUAUUUUGGCCUGUUCUAUCUCACUCAAAUGGGUUUCUUGCAAAAAAAAUAUCCCCCUUAAUCUGAUCAAGUUAAGGUCUACCUUGCAUUCUUAUGUCUUAGUAUUAUUCCUCAGGCAUACACAUGGAAAGCUUAAGUAAACAGAGAAUAAACAACAAAAUUAUGAAACAGUUAUUAUUGUUAUUAUUUUUUUGUGGCUUCCACUUACUCCUUUCCUGCUUCAGGAACUCUGUAGAUACUAAAGUUCUUGCGUUUGGAGCAGCUUUCCUGGUCAGCAAUUUUAGCACCCACCUUGCUCUGAAAUUAAAGCAUUUCAGCUAAAAUGUCUCCCACAUUGUGGAUCCUCGACUUUUCUGCUUUUACGCUUUAUCAAGUCUAACGUUGGGGUUCACAAUUUCUUCCAUAAUAUUCUUAAGCUGCUCCUUGUUAUCCCGGCAAAACCCCCUCAGCUCCUGUGGGAUCAAACCUAGGUCUUAGGUUUCACUGUUCUGCCGGGUAUUAGCUUGUUUGCUAGCAGUCGUGUGUGGGUUUCCUUGAGGUCGUUCAGGUUGUAGAAAUUUUGCACUUUUGGGGAGACGGAAGUCAUUUAUUUUAGAGGGCUUUGUUUGGAGCUCUUUCGCUACGCUGCCAUCUUGUCGAUGUUCGACCUGGAAGUCCUCUUAUCCCUUUUUUUUGUUUGUGUGUUUGUUAUUUUUGUUUGUUUCUUUGUUUUUGUAACAGGAAUUCAAUGUUGGUCAACUUCAGUGUCUAAGCUGUAAGGUAGUGUUGUGUCCAUCUUGAGCAGUAGCUCUGAUCAAUGACUACUAUUGUUAUGCUGCAAUGGCCCAAUACUUACAUUAAUAUCAGCACAGUAGAAAGAUGGCACCUCUGUUUGUAUUUUGACUAAGAAAAUUAAUAUUAAGUUGAACCUAGGAAUAAUGAACACAGGUACAUGAACCUGCAGGUUGCAGCAAACCAGUCUGUGGCAGAUUAGUUCCCUGUGGUCCUGUGGACCACUCAGUAGGCCGCAAUUUAAUUUCCAUUUAAAGGACUUGUCGUCAGAUUUGGUCUCCUCUCCUAUGUUGACACCUUCCCACAAUGUUUCUUUUUUUUUUGUUUUUAUACAGGCAGCAACCAGCCGAGCUCGUCAACUGCAGAGACUUCUGCUGCAACAGUUGCUGCCCCAGGGUUGGCAGUCUCAGGCUUCCCCUUCUCCUUCCCCCCUCCUCCUUUUCCCACUUCACCAUGGCUGCCCAUGCCACCACCCCCACCUUUUGGUAAGUACGGAGACUUCUUUCUCUGUUCAGGCUAUAAAAGACUUCAGUCUGUGAAACUUAGCUCUCCUGUUAAGGAUGACAGAUUUGGUGGGAAACAAGUGGAGAGCUUGGGAAGGAAGAAAGUGGAGUGAAAUCACUCUAGCAGGGCUGCUGCCACAUAUGGUUAUUACAGAACUAGUGUAGUAUUAAGCCUCUGGUUGUCUUGGUCACAGAAGAAAAAGGGGAGGGGUCUUCCAUUAUUUGCACUCUGAUUAACUGAUCAAUGUAAAGGUCAGGAGCACUCCUACUUGCCUAACUGUGGACAGUUUACUAGCUGGUUCAAACACCAGCUGUUGUAAGCAAUACAAUGACUGUGAACUAGGGAGCUGUUUGGAAAGUCAGAGUUAACAGAUUUGAGCAGAUACAUUUCUUGUAAAACGUUAUAGGAGUGCAGCAAAUGUUGUUAGUGUGCUUCGCAUGUACAGUACAUGGAUGAGCAGCAUGCUAGAUUAUAUAGUAUUUCAUCCUCAGGUGCUCAUCACCUCUAUUUCCACACACUAUCUCAGCACAGUUACUACUAGGUGUUUCAUGUCGAAGUCCAUCAUUUCUCUUUACAGCUAUCAGAGUCUGGGCCAGCGUAGCAGCAUUUAUAAUCAUCAUUAUCCUGGUUAAGGUCAAGAUAACUCAUUUAUUUGAUCACAUUUGCAUCACAUACAUACAUCACAUACAAAUAUGUAAACAUCAGAAAAUCAAAAAGUUCUGUUUGAAAUAAAUAAGUGAAAAAUAUUUGAUAUUACCAAACCCUGCCAGCCUGUUAUCGUCUGCAACUCCCUUACUCUAAACGAUCUAGGCUCCACCAACGCAACAUGUAAGUACCCAUCGAGGAGGUCUUCUGGUCUCUCAUUUGACAGUCAGAGUAUGGACCUGGGAUGUCUAUUUAAUGCACAGUCAAUGUUGUAAAAGCAAUGGAAUGAAAACUUGCCUCAGACUUUUUCCAGCAUUGUCUCUCCAGCAUCCUGGUAGAAUUUCAGUUUGGAGUCACGGAGCUUAUGUUGGAAGACAGCCAGAAGUAUUUUGAAAUCAUGGACUUCUGAACUUUCUUAAAAGGGUUGGUCAGGUAGAGGACAUGUAUGUUGAAAGCUUUUAGUCUUUGACCCUGUAGUAAAUACUGCAGAGGCAGACGUAGCGUUCUCUUGUAGAAGAUGGCGAAUUUGAUUUGAUCUGCCUCCGUCUUACUCUGUUUCCAGUUUUGUUUGUACCUCUCUGUUCUCUUUUUUCAGUUUCGUCAAUGCCUCCACCUCCCCCGUCUCUGUCCCAGCUGUCUGAGGAGGAAUUGAGAGAGCUGGAGGCUGAAGGCAGACGUGGUCUUGAGGCCAGGCUCCAGUGCCUCCAGAACAUCCAUACCCUGCUGGAUGCCGCCAUGCUUAACAUUCACCACUACCUGAGCACUGUCGCCACUCUUACGUAAAUGAGCUGACUUGAGAUUUUGUCUCAUAUUUGGUGAAUUUUGACAGUCUAACUCAGAUCAUGUACCCUAUGCUGCUGUUUUCCACAGUCCUCCUGGGGCAGAAAGUAACACAGGGCAAUCCAGCGGGUCGAUUCAUGCUACGUCAUCUUAUGCAGCCGACAGCCCCAACCAAGGGAAAAACUCCACGAGCUGUAAGUGUACAUUAAGACUUAACAAUGAUGCCAUGAUGACUAAACCAAAGACCUUUGACCUUACGUUUGGUAUCUCUUCGCUUUUCCAGCCGAUGGUGAGGGCAGAGACGCGGUUUCUUCUGAGCCUACAGAUUCUGCUCCUGUUGCAUUGGACACAGAAGAAAGAGAUGGGAUUCAGGAAGGAGCAGUAGAGGAAGUAGAGGAUGGAGAGCCUAACGCUGCUGAGCUAAGGCGCCGCCGCCUACGUAAGCUUGAGACGUCAUCGCCAUCAUCUUCGUCUGCCACUGAAAAAUGA